AUGGUGAAAUUCGGCAAGAACAAGUUAAAAAUGUUAAACAAGUUGGAGAAACGGCAAAACGCAAUCCCGAGUUCUGGAAAUAAUAACAAAAUCCUCAAGAAAAAAAUAAACGCAGCGCGGAAAGUAGCCUUUCAAAAAGAUGUCUUGAGGGAAAUGAUACAAAGUGACACGCUAGUUACUCAUGUUUCUAAAACAAAUGUUCUGAAUGCAAAGAAUUCUCCCAAACCAGAGGCAAGCGAACCACCUAAAACAAAAAUUAAGGCUGUUGAAAAGCAGAAAAGAAGACAGAAGAUGCAAGUAAGCGAUACAAAGCUUUUAUUGAGUCUAAUGAAAAAGAAGAACUAA